AUGGCUGUAACUGCAGCAAAGACAACCUCAAGUUUUCUCUCCACAACUUCCACGGCCACCACCACCACAAUCCCCUCCCUCCUCUCCACGGCUGUGAGCGCCAAAGACAACAUCACGACCAGGACGACAUUAAUGACUGUUACUAUAACAACAAAUGAAACCAGCUUCAAUGCCACAUCCUUUCCAGAAACCGUGGUCGAGGGCUCGGGAAUGGGAAUGGUGCUUGUACCAUUCGGCAUCAUCACUGUUAUCGGCUUAGCAGUGGCAAUCGUAAGGAGUGGUUCAAAUAUCAUCUGUAGUUUGCUGUUUGACCCAGUAGAAGUGGGUUCCUCUGAAUUCACCUGAAUGUCUUUUUCUGUUGCAUUUCAUAGAUUAUAAUUAACACUUAUCAGACUUUAGCAAACUUAAAUUAUCUUUUGAACAAGUUAACAAGUUUAAAAAUAUUUCUUCUCAUUGUUUUCUCUUAAUUUUAUCCUAGAUGCUGUAUAUUCGGAAACGGAAGCGGUAAGUCUCAUCUAUUUUAUUUACUGUCACUACAACUAGGCUGAGAGCCCCCAAAAUACUACAGAUCACAUAAAGUAUUCAAGCCCCCUCUUUAAAAAAAUGUUUUCCCCUGUAUUUACACCUCUUUAAAGUAUCUUACUUCAAAUGCUGUGAUAUGUAAACUUAUGUUCCAGAGUGUAGUUGUCACAUUAUACUCUUUGUUUAAAACAUACAAAUUAUUCAGCUAACUGUGUUAUGUAACAGAUUUAAAAACCAAUCACACUCUUUUGCACAACAUAAUCAGCAAACUUAAAAGCUCCAGCAGUGACAGAGUAGUAUCAAAACAAAGUGCAUGAGUUUGCAAUAGCAUAGUGAACAUGGUGGUGUGAAUAAUACUCUGUAGCCUCAUGAUAACAUGUAGAAAAUACAACCAAAGUUAGAAACAAUGUAGCACCAAUUAAAUAGGUUUAAAACUACUUAUGCAUAGUCAGCCCCUGCCUGUUACAGGCUAGCAAGCUAACAAAACUAUGCAAGCAAUGCUCCUUAAAAGUUAUUCCACUACAUGUGUAAGAUGUGGGUUUAAAGAUAAAAGAUAUAUUGUGAGUCUAGAUAUUUUUCCAGAUAUGCUUUAAUCCACUUUUAAGAUUCCUCUUCUCAUUUUAGGUUCAAAAUAUCCAAUUAUUAUCUCUAAAGAUUAUUUUUAAUACUUUGAAGAAGAACCUUUUUGAUAAGGUUACUUUUUUAGUCUGCACUGUGUCCAUAUGAACAUGUUACACAAACUAACUCAGCUCAAGAAUCAGCAUCUCAAGGCAGCACAAGAGACAAUAGGGUUCAUACAUGUUGCACUGAGAGUACUAGGUGGAGGAUUUAAAGGGGGCAAGUGAAUUUAUGCCCAUUUCAAACCCACUAGGUAACCUUGUAUUAUUUCUUCUGUCAAAACUGCUGAAAAGUGUUCAUCUCUGACCUCUUGUCAUGCAAGGUUGGAGAAGUUGAGGCACCAGCUCAUGCCCAUGUACAACUUUGACCCAGCCGAAGAACAAGAUGACCUGCUGGAACAGGAACUUCUCGACCACGGGCGGGACGGCAGCCUCACAGGUCCCAAUGCCAAGGUAGGCCCUCAGGUCUUCGUCUUGACACAGAUGCUUUUCUCUGCAGACAUUGUCUCAUCUUGAAUGAAAUAACCCUGAUUAAAACCAAGAACAGUGAAUGCUUUUCUGAAUCCAUCAUUACCAUAGUUAAUAUUCUAUAAAAGUCUUUCUCAGUCAUACGUUUAAAAAACUUAUUUAGAGUCAUUUUGAACACACUGAACUGAUUUGCGUUGAGUGUUUUGUACUUGUCUAUGGGUAGAUUCAACAUGCACUUUUUUCCCAUUUCAAGGUGCAUCUUGCUGUCCAUUGAUUUAGUGUUUUUGUUGGCUGUAAAGCUAUCACUGUCAUAAUGUGUUUUUAUUUUCUUUUAUUUCUUUUAAGUUUUGACAAUGGCAUAGUGGUACAGACAAGCAUGGUAAAGUAUCACUUGUGGUUCUUUUGAACAUCAUUUCACUAAACCUUUCCUCCCACAAUCUUCAUCCUUUCAUACUGUCAUUAUUUCAGAAUUUAGAGCAAUUACUACAAGGGUAAAUUAAAACAUAAAUGCAUUUUUUCAUAACUAAGACUUUAUCUUUGAACAUUCAUCCUUCAUCGACUUGUAGUGUUUCCUUUUUUCCCUCUGGAUUCAAAACUUGAACUUAUUCCAGGGCUCACAUGUGCACAAAAGUGGGCACAAUAUCGCAUUUUGGGAUCUUUUUCAUUCAUUAAUAUCUUAGUAAAGUGUUUAAGACAUGCCCCGUCAAUGAUUAAAAGCAUCCAGGGUACAACCAGGAUGAAAAGUACUUGAACUUUGUCAUUGUUAGAUGAGAGUUGUUUUAUCAUUAGCAUUAUCAGAAUAUUUUAUUUUUAUUUUUUUGCAAAGUAGGUCGAGAUAAAACUCAUGCAAUUUUGAAAACAAAAAUGAGAAACCCCACUUUAAAGUCAAGAAGCAGACCAUAGUCACAAAUUUCUUUAAACAUUACACAAAUGACUAAACCAUUUAUUUUAUUCUGAAAUUUGUAAUUGGUAUGAAUUUCUUGCAGAGCGCACAGAAGUACUCUAACUGUUUGUAAACAUGUGGUCCCUGGUCUCCUGUCUUCCAUCAAAUUUGAGAUCUUUGAGCGAUAACUUAAACUAGAUGUAUUCUGAGCAACAUAACAGAGUAAUUCUCUGCAAUGAAAUGUAAUCACAGCUUCUGUAAGUCUGGUGCUUAAGUCACCAUGAGGUCUUUUGACACUAACAGCUUUAUCUUCUUUCCGUCCUGCCGCCCGUCUCUUCUGCAGACUCUCACAACCUCCCAGGGGACCACACAGAGGCCCAGUCGUCUGGUCUUCACAGAUGUAGCCAAAGCUCUCAAUGCUUAA